AUGCCCGCGGAGGCGGCCAGCAGCGGCGGCGGUGCGGAGCCGCCCGGCGCUCCGCGGGAGCGGAGGAGGAGGCGCGGCCGUACGCGGGCGCGCACCGAGGCGCUGCUACACACUCUGAAACGCAGCCGGCGGGUAAAAGCCAACGAUCGGGAACGGAACCGAAUGCACCACCUCAACGCCGCCCUGGAUGAGCUCCGCAGCGUCCUGCCCACUUUCCCCGACGACACCAAGCUCACCAAAAUCGAGACCCUGCGUUUCGCCUAUAACUACAUCUGGGCCCUCUCCGAGACCCUCCGCCUGGCCGAGCAGUGCCUCCCGCCGCCCCCCGCCUUCCGCGGGGCCGCCGCGCCCCCCAGCCCGGGCAGCGACGCCGGCUCCUGGCUGUCCAGCGCCUCCCCGUCCGCCCCCUCGCUCUGCGCCUCCGCCUCCGGCCCCAGCAGCCCCGCCACCUCCGAGGACUGCCUUUACGCGCCCGCCGACAGCUUGCGGGGCUUCCGCGGGCUGCCCGCCUCCGCGCCCCCGGGCGCGCCCUGCCGCUAG